AUGGCUUCCUCCGCCAACUCUGUGCCUGCCGCCAACGGGCCUCCUGGUAACGGCAACACCAGUAGCAGCGGCAACAACAGCAAUCCCUCUUCACAGAACACUAGCAAUGGCCGGCAGUCCUUGAGGACAAAUGCAAGUCUAAAAGGCUCCGACUCUGGUCGACGACAGUCGAACAGCCCUGGAGAUGGUAGCCAGAGGCGCUCCAAUUCCCAAAAGGCCUGGACCCAAGGAAUCAAUCCAAUCACCCAGAAACCAUCGCUACACCAGAACGGUAGCAACAAAUCGACUCCAUCGCCGAAACAGGUGACGUCAAAGGAUUCCAAUACCCCCGAACAGCAAGCCCACAACCGCCUUCUUUUCCUGAUUACAAGUUUCAUCGGCCUCCCCGCGACCGUUGCCACCAAGAAUGGCGAAAAAUUCAAUGGAAUAUUCUCAUCUUCAGAACUUGAGUCAAUCAAUUCUACAUUCGUUCUCAAGAUGGUUCAGCGUGUGAACACCCAACAGGAUUCUCGCGCCAAUGGGUUGAGCGAUGCAUCGACUCCAUAUCUUGGCUCAGCUCCCGAUCACAGUAUGACAUUUGACCUGAAGGACAUUACUGAUGUUACCGUUGCCAACGUGACUACAUCGGAAGUUAUGGUCAAGGAAUCAAAUGGAGCCACAACCGGAUUUCGUACCGACACCGAUAUAUCAGGCAGCCUGGGCAUGCGGGAGAGAAAUUUGCAACGUUGGGAACCUAGCGUAGUGGAUUCGAGCGUGGACAUGUCCCUCGAAAGCUCCAAAACUGGGGGCUGGGACCAGUUCGAAACGAACGCACGCUUAUUCGGUGCUACAACCAGCUAUGAUGAAAACCUUUAUACUACGCGUAUCAACCGGAAUGAUCCAUCAUACAAGAAGCGAGAGGCAGAGGCGGCUCGUAUAGCUCGUGAAAUCGAGGGCACACAGUCAGAAAACCCUCACUUGCGGGAAGAACGUGGUCAAACCUUCGAGGGCGAUGGUCAUGAUGAGGAAGAGAGAUACAGUGGUGUUCGUCGCGAACAAGCUUCUUUCACCCCAUUGCAGUCCGGUCAGCCCAACACGUAUACGCCACCGGCACGGCGACCGCUCACCCAGCAGCCUCCAGUCAUCUCUCCAGCUGCUGCAGACCCAGCCAUUAUAUCCGCCCAGCUCGCGAAACCCGGUUCCGCACCCAGAGACUCAACAUCGGCCAAGUCAGCCGAAGCACCCGGACCAGAAACUCAAGCAAAGAUUGCGCAAGCAGAAAAGAAGGGAUCAGUACCUUCAAACACCAGCGCAAAACGCGCUGUCGCCGCUGAAAAUGCCACGUCGAAUGUGGAAACCGAAGUUCUCGAUCAAUUCCGUCAAUUUGCCAAUAAUGAGAAGAUGAAAAUGCAAGAGCGUCGGCGAAACCAGGUCUCUCAUGAUCGUACUGUGAAGCUCAAUGAGCUUAUGAAAUUCUCGCAGAAUUUCAAGCUGGCCACUCCAGUUCCCAAAGAUCUUGUGCCCAUCUUGGCAAAGGACCCCAGUAAGCAGGAAAAAAUAGUCGAAAGGGCACAACGUCAAGCCAGUGAGAAAACAUCCUCCAGAGCAGGUUCACAAACACCGUCUCCGGCGGAACAAAAGCCUGGGACCGCUCGAGCUGCAGCGCCUCGUCCUGAAGCUGGUACAGGUCCUGCUCCCCCCUCUGCGCCCGCUGAUCGUCAAAACAACCAACGUGGACGCCAGGCGUUUCCGCCUCAAGGACCUCAUGGAGGGAGAAUACCACCUCAGAAUUUCCAUGGCGGUCGAGGAACUCUGAGUCACCGCCUCGCGGACAAUUACCGCCAGCAAAAGAACGCUCUCGGAACUGUCCCUGCGCCUUUACCUAUCCAAGAUGCUCGUAUCCAUUCUUCGGGUCCCCUAGUUGACGCCAAGUUACAAACUCCCACAUCCACUAAAUUCAAUGUUCGUGCAAUGGAAUUUAAACCGAAUCCAGCAGCUAGCACCUUCACACCUGGCGGUUCUGGGGCUGCUGCUAGCCCUCAGCUGAGCACCCGCGGUCGCUCGGUAUCUCGUGCCAGUACACCCUCUGCCUUUUUUGGCAACAAAAAGCCUCUUCCUGCUGCCGAGCGGCCCUCUCUGAAGGACCAGUGUUCUCCCGUGGAGCGUUUGAAGAAAGAAGGGACGGAACAAAAGGACAAAAAUUUCACGGUGAAUGGUGGAAUCCCGUUCCCAUACCGCACCGCGCCUACUUGGGAUACGACUCCCGCGAACCAGGAGAAAACAUUCCGCGAUAUGUUCAAGACAACUCCGUCAUCAAUAUCUCCGCAGAGUCGCUCAGCCUCGAACCCGAAUAUUCCUCCCCAUCAUGGACAAGUUCCUUUCCAUCCUCAGCAAAACAACCAAAACGCCCAGUCCACAGUUCAUGGGCCCCAUGUUCAUCAGCAACAACCAGCACCGCACUUUGAAGAUCCUCAUCGCAUGCAACUAUCAGCCUCAACUUCGCACUUAUUUCCUUCGCCUCGACUACCGCAUGCUUAUCCAUCCCCAAUGACAUCACAUGCUCAGUUGGCCUUUGGCCAGCCCGUGCCUCAGUUUUAUGGGAACCAAGGUGGUGCUCAUCCUGGAAAUAUGCGCCAGUAUCCCGGUGGUCCUCAGUUUGCCAGUCCUCAAAAUGGAAUGAAUGCACCAAUGAUGGUACAACAGCCGUCGGGCGGCCCAUACAUGGGUGUCCCUCAAGGAAUGACCGGACAAUACAAUCCUCAUAUGCAAAUGUAUUCCCCUAACCCAGCGUACGCCUACCCGCAGCCUGGUGGACCUCCGCCGCAACCACAUAGCGGCUACCCUAGUCCCAGCCGCGGUGCACCUAUGAUGAUGCACCAAGGCUCUCAGCCCGGUCAGCCGCCGCAACCAGUCAUGUUCAUGAAUCCUGGUCAGCACGGGCAGCCAAUGUAUGCACCACAGCAACCUGGUGGUCAUGGACCCCCUCGUGGCUAUCCGCAGCAACCUCACUAUGGUUCUAGCCCUCACCAAAACCAACAUUAUCCACCGCAUCAACAUCGUGGACCUGGAAAUAACUUCAACCCGAUGCCACAAAUGGCUCCUCAAGGGCCCUCUCAACCACCUCCGUCGGCAGCUGCUCCGCCCCCGCCGGCAGAAACAUCUGAAGAUACGAAGUGA